UGGUGGAGGAGGCGUUGGCGCAUCGCACCACUGCCGCUUCUGCAUCUGCUGCUGUUGCUGCUGCUGCUUACUCUCAAAACCGGCCGUCCUGUACAGAAAAGGGAACUGUCCUUUGCCAGGCUGCUGUGAAAGAAACCGCCUCGCUUAAAACAGAACCGACCCGCUGCGGCGAGGUGCGCGCUUCAAUCCCCCGAAACGGAGAAAGCCUCAAAAUGAUCAAGAACGGUCACCACCACCACCACCUCCACCAAGUGAGCGCAGCUGCGGGGAAAGACGCAGGGACCACCCUGGCCGCGGCGACGUGCAGUCCGGAGAAGAGGAGGCGAAAGAUCCGUGUGUGGUGCGACGGCUGCUAUGACAUGGUGCAUUAUGGCCACUCAAACCAGCUACGACAAGCCAAAGCGAUGGGAGAUUACCUCAUUGUUGGAGUGCACACAGACAGUGAGAUUUCAAAGCACAAAGGUCCGCCAGUCUUCACUCAGGAAGAAAGGUACAAGAUGGUACGGGCCAUAAAGUGGGUGGAUGAAGUGGUGGAAGGAGCCCCUUACGUCACGACCCUCGGGACGCUCGACAAGUACAGCUGCGACUUCUGUGUUCAUGGAGAUGAUAUAACACUAACUGUGGAUGGAAAAGAUACAUAUCAGGAGGUAAAGAAGUCAGGACGCUAUAGAGAGUGUAAGCGGACGCAGGGAGUUUCCACGACAGACCUUGUUGGCAGGAUGCUUCUAAUGACCAAAGCACACCACAGCAACAUUGACAGCUCAGACUAUCAGCAGCACACAGACAACUUUGGAAAGAAGGGCCACAGUCCCUGGACUGGAGUAUCUCAGUUCCUACAGACUUCUCAGAAGAUAAUUCAGUUUGCUUCAGGCCAGGAGCCUCAGCCCGGAGACACCAUCAUCUACGUCGCAGGAGCCUUUGACCUCUUUCACAUUGGUCAUGUGGACUUUCUGGAAGCGGUCCAUAAGCUUGCUGAAAAGCCGUACAUCAUAGUGGGGCUGCACUUUGAUCAGGAGGUGAAUCGUUAUAAAGGAAAAAACUACCCCAUCAUGAAUGUCCAUGAGAGAACGCUCAGUGUGCUGGCUUGCAGAUAUGUUUCGGAAGUGGUGAUUGGUGCACCCUUCGCCGUCACAAAAGAUCUGCUGGAUCAUUUUAAGGUGGAUCUUGUUUGCCAUGGUAAGACAGAAAUCUACCCGGACAAGGAUGGAUCUGACCCUUACGCUGAACCAAGAAAAAGAGGCAUGCUCCGAACUGUAGACAGUGGGAACACUCUUACUUCAGAUGCAAUUGUGCAAAGGAUAAUAAAAAACAGGCUUCUAUUUGAGGCAAGGAACAAGAAGAAAGAAGCCAAAGAGAUUGCUGUGAUUCAGGCUAUGAAGCGACAAGAAGAGGAAAAGACUAAAGAAAGAUCCCAAGCUGUGCUGUAGACAUGCACCGCCAUUUGUGUUUUUGACCUAGCAUUAGCAAGCUACAUAAAUAUAAACGUCUGUAUAGCAAAGUCAACUCUUCGUAAGUGUUAUAGCAUCUCUGGAUAAUAGCAGUUUUACAGAUAACAAUCCUGCUGUGGGAUCAUUAGCUGUUUGUAAGCAGUAAGAUCAAUCAUAAGCUGGAACAAGGAACAUGUACUGUACCUGUAUCUUCAAAAGUCUAAUAUAUACAUUUGGAUAUUUUAAACUUUUAUAAUUUUAUUGCCUUUUAACAAGGAAAAAAUGCUGAUGUUAUUUUUGGCUUUUAGCACAAGAAGAGUGCAGGUUGGUGAAGUGGUACAAACAUUUAUUUAUCUAACCAGAGGUGGAAAUCUUCCCUGGGCUGUUGCUGCUUUUUGCACAGCAAUACUCCUAAUACCAACUAAUCAUCAUCUGUAUAUAUUGCAUCAAAAUCCAUAAGGAUUUUUAAAUUACAAUGGAAAUCAGAGGACAGAUACCCUUGUGCUGCUUUUCAGUUAAUCCAUUUAAAUAUUAUGAGGUGAUUUCUCAAAUCACCUCACAUGUGAUUUGGGAAAUCACUUCCCAUGAUUUCCCAAAAAAUUAUGGGAAAUAUUCUGUUUUAAUAACAGAGUUGUUGUUUUUUAAUCACAAAUGCACAUUGUUGAGACCUGACGGUCCUGCCUUUUGCGUGCAUUUUUUAAAAUAUAACCACUGAUAAACUGUCUGAUUUAACAUUGGUUUUCAUUGCAUGAGUGGAAAUUAAUGACAUCGUGUUGUCUUGAAGACAAAGUUGAGUUCAUACUUCUCCUAAAUCAUGUGGAUAUGAAAUGGGGUCAAAUAAUACACUUUUCGUAGAAGCAUAUUUUUCUCCACUCCAUUAGCUGCUGUAAACAUAGUAGCAUAAUGUUUUAAAAGCAUAAUGCAUAUUAUUGUCAAACUGAAAUGUAGAUAGUGUUGCCUAUUAUCUAUAUGUUAUUGAUCAAUCCCAAAGGACAUACUGUAUGAUAUAAAGUUGAUUGGAUUUACAGUAUAUUAUUGCUAAUAAAAAAUAAAUUCUGAA